GAAGAGGAGACGGGCCCUUUGUGGAUUUUCCCCCCCUCCCCCAAACACACACACACACACACGGAUACCGCCUCCGCCACAGCGAGUGCGCCUGGCUCUCCUCCUCUUCCCUUGUUGUGGUUUCGUUUCGCUCGCCAUGUCGGUGAAUAUGGAGGAGCUCCGGCAUCAGGUCAUGAUCAACCAGUUCGUGCUGGCUGCGGGCUGUGCGGCGGAUCAAGCGAAGCAGCUGCUGCAGGCGGCCCACUGGCAAUUCGAGACUGCUUUGAGUGCUUUUUUUCAAGAAACCAACAUUCCCAGCACCCACCACCAUCAUCAAAUGAUGUGCACACCCAGCAAUACCCCAGCCACGCCUCCUAACUUCCCAGAUGCUCUCGCUAUGUUUUCCAAGCUGCGGACUUCAGAGAAUCUCCAGAGCAGCAACAGCCCCAUCACGUCUAUGGCCUGUUCUCCUCCGGGUAGCUUCAGUCCCUUCUGGGCCUCUUCGCCCCCCAACCAUCAACCGGCCUGGAUCCCUCCUUCGUCACCCACUAGUCACAACCUCCACCAUCACCUCCACCAUCAGCAGCCCAUGUGGCCUCCUGUGUCUCAGCAAGGGCCCCCCCAGCAGAAAGCAAUGACGGCAAUGGAUGGCCAGAGAUAAGACUUAACAUUUUAGA